GAAAUGGAGAAGUGUAUACAUGGGGUUGGAAGGAAUGCAUUCCUUCUGGAAAGGUUCUUGGAGAGCCAGCUGUAGACAAGGAGGUAAACGAUGGACAGAGUUCAUUCCUGGCACAGCAAGUAAGCCCUCACCCCCAGGGAUCGAGGUCCACGGUUGGAGCAGUAUCUGGUAUAGAGACUAGAGCUGGAGAGGAUAGUGCAAAACGUAGACGGGUAUCAUCAGCUAAGCAACAAGCUGAGAGCUCAUCCUCAGGUGAUGAAGGUCUCUCAGCAUUGCCAUGUUUAGUCGCAUUAAAUCCAGGGGUACGGAUUGUCAGUGUAGCAGCUGGUGGCCGGCAUACACUGGCAUUGUCAGAUAUAGGACAAGUGUGGGGUUGGGGCUACGGAGGGGAAGGACAGCUUGGUCUAGGCUCCAGGAUUCGAAUGGUAUCCUCCCCACAUCCUGUGCCGUGCAUUGAUUCUUCUUCUUCUCUGCGAAAGGACAGAGCUAUGGGCCUUUCUCAUGGAUGUCCGGGAUCAGAGGGACAAGGCCUCAGAGUUCCAGGGAAUUAUGUCAAGAGAAUUGCCUGCGGGGGCCGACACAGUGCAGUAAUUACAGAUGCUGGAGCAUUGUUAACUUUUGGUUGGGGAUUGUAUGGACAGUGUGGUCAGGGGAGUACAGAUGAUGAGCUAAGUCCGACGUGUGUAUCUUCAUUACUUGGCAUCAGGAUAGAAAGUGUAGCAGCAGGGCUCUGGCACACUGUUUGUAUUUCUGCAGAUGGUGAUGUAUAUGCAUUUGGAGGGAACCAAUUUGGGCAGUUAGGCACUGGCGCCGAACAGGCUGAGACACUACCUCGGCUCCUGGAUGCUCCAAAUUUGGAGAACAUGCAUGUGAAAGUUGUAUCAUGUGGAGCACGACAUACUGCCGUAGUCACAGAUGAUAGCAAAGUGUUCUGCUGGGGAUGGAACAAGUAUGGCCAGCUUGGACUGGGUGAUGUGAUUGAUCGGAAUAUUCCAUCCCAAGUCUCAAUCGAUGGUCAUGUACCAACAAACGUCGCUUGUGGGUGGUGGCACACACUUCUACUAGCUGAAUCACCUACUUGAACUACUCAUCAUAUUGAUGCCAUUCAAAGUUUUGUUAGGUUAGGUGCUUUCGGUUUUCUAUUUCAAGAUCCUCAUUGUGAUAUAUGCAUAUGGUACAUAUAGUAGUUUGCAUGCAUAUACAUAUUAGGCAUGGAGUGAUUCUUUACAAGAAUAAGGAGGUCAUCAUCGUCCUUCCAAGCAACAACUUGGGAAGAACGAGAAGUCGUCUCUAUCAUGUCAAGACAUCUUAGUCUGUCAGUGUAAAUCCUCUCCGCGACUGGAUUUUCUGAUGUAUGAAAGAAACUCUAUAGCAUUAGAGCAGUCAUUGUGAUAGCUUUUGUGGUACCUUUGCACCCGGGUUCCUUUACUGUGUACUUCAUAUUGUGUAGUGAGGGAUGAUUGAAAUGCGAUCUCUUUAUUAUUAUGCAGAACUGGGUUCAGAUCUCUGCCAAGACUUACCAUUUCAAA